AAAAGGGCAAAAAGAAAAAGGAAAUUUUGGAGAAACUAAUAAGGUUUGGCUCCAAGGACCGAUCCGAGCCACAGAAUUUGAAACUUGCAGUUACAUACAGAGUGAAGAACUGAGAAGGCCUCCUCAAUACACUUCCAGCCAGGCUUCCCGGUGGGCGGUGACAUGAGCCAAUUUCCGAAUCGUCUCCUUCGUUCUGGUACGCUCUCGUGGUUGCAUUUUGUGAGCAUCGGUUGUUGGGGAAUUCGUCGCUCCGAGUAAGAAUUGCUGGGAAGUAGUCACGGCAUUGUUUCAGUUCGAUCUCUUCUACUCGGUUCUUUAUCUGUGUGCUUCUUGGCAAUUGAAUUUGUGAUUGAGAAUCAGAAUCAGAAUCAGGGUUUCGAAUUGCAUCUAGGGUUUUCGGAGAGCAGUGCAUGGAUGAUUGUUAAGUGCUCCUGGGAGAGGAAACUAUUCAACUGGUGUCUUUUGGGUGACUCUCCGUUUGGGGCUUCUGUUGUUUCGUUGAAUUUGUUUCGGUGGGCGUGCUUCUGGGUUUUGGACGGGCGCUAGUGUGUUGCUAUUAUGAAUAACAAUAAUCCGCCUAGGAGUGUGGGGGCACCUAUCCAGUUUGCCACUUCCGGCCCUGGAGCACAAUCUGUCCCCUUGACUCACCAGAUUCCUCCCCAUCUUCUCUCUCAGUCAAAACCUCAAACACAAGGUGGUUCCUUCCACGGCCACUUUCAACUCUCCGAGCCACAAGCUCAGCUGCUUACCCAUGCACAACCACCAGUGCAGCAGCCUGCACAAGUUCGCAUUCAGUCUCAUCUCCAAUCAACUAGCAAAUCUAUUGGUCAGCUGCAGAGUCCCAUUUCUGGUAAUGUUGGUCUGACAUCGCCUUCUGGGUCCACUCCAGCAACUGCAAGUACCAAAAGGGCUGGCCAUAAACCUCCUUCUAAGGCAGCUGGGGGAUCAAAUAGUGCUAAUUCGUCUUCCCUUUAUAAGGCGAUGGAGUUGGCCCCUGCCCCUAAUAGGAAGAGGCCAAAGCUUUUUCAGAAGCAGAUACCUGCAGAAGUUGCAGCCAAGCUUCCAGAGUCUGCACUCUAUGCACAAUUGCUUGAAUACGAGGCCAGGGUGGAUAAUGCUCGGGCAAGGAAGAAGGCAGAUCUUAGAGAGGCCCUUAAAAACCCGCCUCGAGUAAGGAAAACACUUCGAUUGUAUGUUUUCAACACUUUUGAAGAUCAAGGAGUAGGCAAUGGCGAGAAGGCAACAGCAGAACCUCCUUCAUGGUCAUUAAAGAUUAUCGGCAGGAUACUGGAAGAUGGGAAAGAUCCUGUGCUAGAAGGAGAGGUGCAGAAAUCUUACCCAAAAUUCUCAUCAUACUUCAAGAGAAUUACCAUUAUCUUAGACCAGUGUCUCUAUCCAGAGAAACAAGUAGUUUUGUGGGAGAAUAACCGAUCUACUGAACUUCACGAGGGCUUUGAGGUGAAGAGAAAAGGUAAUAAGGAAUUCACUGCAGUAAUAAGAUUGGAAAUGAAUCACACUCCAGAGAAAUACAAGCUUUCGCCUCAAUUGGCAGAAGUCUUGGGUUUUGAAGUGGAGACACGUUCAAGAAUCCUGAUGGCAAUUUGGCAUUAUGUCAAGUCAAAUAAGUUGCAAAACCGUAACGAUAUAGCCUCAAUCAUAUGUGAUCCACCACUGCGAAGAUUAUUUGGGGAAGAGAAGAUAAAGUUUGGAAUGGUGGCGCAGAAGAUAAGUCAGCAUUUAAUAUCUCUACAGCCUAUUCAUUUGGAACACAGGAUCAAGUUAACAGGGAAUUCUCCUGCUGGAACUGCUUGUUAUGACAUUGAUGUUGAUGUUCCUUUCCCAGUGCAAAAUGAAAUUUCCAAGUUCUUGGAGAACACAGGGAGACAGAAAGAGAUCGAUGCAUAUGACAAAAUAAUAAGCGAUUCAAUAAAGAAGAUACAUGAGCGUUGCCGAAGGCGUAUUUUCUUUCUUGGUUUCAGUUACUCUCCGGCAGAGUUUAUCAAUAAGUUUAUUGCUUCUCAAACCAAAGAUCUAAAGCUUAUAGCUGGAGAUGGCAAUUGCAACUUAGAAGAAGAACAACAGGCGGAGUUUUAUAAUCAGCCUUGGGUGGAAGAUGCUGUUCUUCGUUACCUGAAUCGCAAGACUGCUGGAAGUGAUAUACCUGCAAGGACUUGAUUAAAGGGUUCUAUUGUACGGUUGCUGUGGUACAGCCAUCCACAUCUGCAAGCAUAUCUAGUCCCAGAAUUCUGUUUAGUUAUAAGUCUUGGGGAGAGAAAGGGAUUGGAGAUAUAUAUAUAUAUAUA